AUCGAUGAAGCCUAUCGCUUUUAGUUCAACGCCACCGUACGAAGUAUAAACACUGUCAUCUUCUGAAAAGCAAAAUACAAGUGAAUAUAUAUUGUGAUAUUUAGUUUUAGUGUGCCAAAAUAGUUAACAAUGGAUGACGACCAGCAGUUCUGCUUAAGGUGGAACAACCAUCAGUCAACCCUAGUAGCUGUUUUUGAAACGCUAUUGGCAAAUGGUAUCUUAGUGGACUGCACAUUGGCAGCAGAAGGAAAACAUCUAAACGCACACAAAGUAGUUUUAUCAGCAUGUAGUCCAUAUUUUGAGGCGUUGCUUUCAAAGCACUUCGACAAACACCCUAUCCUUAUUCUUAAGGAUGUCAAGUUCCAAGAACUUGAAGCCAUGAUGGACUACAUGUACAAGGGUGAAGUGAACAUAUCACAAGACCAAUUGGGAGCCCUUUUGAAAGCAGCAGAGUCAUUACAAAUAAAAGGUCUUUCCGAUAAUAGGAAAGGCGAAACUGAAAGAAAAGCUGCCCCGGCUCCACCUCCACCGAAAAGUCCUCAGCCAACAGCGGCAUUACCCAAAGUCCAAGGCCUAACAAUAGAGCAACGCACGAGAGAUGAUAGCAGGGAGGGAAGCAUGUCACCUGGGCCUCGGAAGAAAAAAAGAUUAAGGCGGAAGAGUGAGGAAUUAGAUAACCAUGAUGCCUCCAACUCUUCAGAAUCUCACAGCCUACCUGCCCAGAACAUUCCCUCAUCGUUACCUGCCACAUCCAGAAUGAAUGCCGGCGUGCCUGAACCUGUAGAAACCAAAUCUGAAAUAUUAACGAGGCAUAAACAAGAAGAUAUUCCUCAAGUUCCUAUUAUAAAAGAGAAAUUAGAGACCCAUACAGAACUGAUGCUUGAACCAAAGUCUGAAUAUGUAGAAGAUAUGAAUGAGGACAGUAUUGAGGAUUUGACUUUAGAUGAUGAUGAUCUUAGUAAUAUGGAACAAAUGGAUGAUCAGGCUGGUCCUAGUCAUGGCAAUGCAGGGGAAGGAUCGAGUCAAGGUUUCGGUGGUUGGCAUAUGGGUAAUCAAAGUCAAGAUGAAGUAUUUUUGGCCGCACAAGAGGCCGUAGGUGCUCAUCGAGAUUCACAAGCAGAGGAAUUUAAGAAAUACAGAUGCAUGAAAUGUUCUAAAGCUUACAAGCAUCGGCCCAACCUGUACAGGCAUUCAAAAUAUGAGUGUGAUGGAAUACCAAGAUUCGUCUGUGAAUUUUGUGGCAAGGCCUAUACCCAGAAGGUUACUUUGAAACAACACAGGGAUUCACUUCAUCUAACUGCUAUUUUUAAGUUAAAUGUUAAGUAGAUUUUAUAUUGAUACUCUCGUGACAUAUUCGGAGAAACAUGUUUAUACCGAAGAUUAUACUGCUUUGAAGACAUCACUUGAAAGUGUUCGUUGGAAAUGUGUCUUCUAAAUAAGUUAAUACUUCUCAGAAGGAAUAAUUACCAGUCACCGCAUUUUUUGAUAAAUAAUCGUAAAAAUGUAUUCAAAAACACGAUGAACGUUCAUCAUUUUUAUUGUUAUAACAAUACUUCUAUAUAUAUAUAGAUGAACUCUUCACCAAUUCUAAUCAUCAUCAUGAUAAAGAUGCCAACUCAUCACCGAAAAUUUGAGAUAAUUUUCAAGCCACUCUUCUGCGGAUAGUAAAUUGAUCACCAGCCACUUGCUGCCCUGAUUGUUAGUUAGCUAAAAUAAAUUUAGCCAGUUCUCAAACAGAGCGUGCUAUCGAUGAGUACGAAUUGCUAUUUUUUCAGGAUUUACUUUACAAGUAGAUUUAUUUUGGGUCAUACAAUGCAUUGACGUAUGCCCCAUUUAUGUAGAAUAGAAAAAGAUUUUAUUCUUCAACGUGAAAGAAAACUGACCGACUUUGUUAAGAGUAGUGGAGAUUACAAUCAUUAAUAAAACUUGAUAGUGGUAAUGAGAGAGAUUUGCGUGCAGGAAAAUACUUAAAACACUCUGUUCGUAUAUGUUAGAAAGUAUAUAAUCAGGGAUAGCUCUCUUUUCCAUUGAAUCUAGGCAUUCUCAGGGCAUGCUUAAGGGAGAAGUUCCAUUAAUGUUAGCAGUAUUCCAAAGCUGAUCUAAUUUGAGGAGGUGUAUUUAGUAUUAGAAGUUGAUGAGAUGUGUGCAUCUAUCUGGUUCGAAAUGGAGUCUCUAGUUUAUGAGCAGGUGACUUUGUUAGUAACGUGUUCAUGCUGAGACAUAUUUUUAUUUAAUCUGACACUUAACACAUCAAUCGACGCAGCUAGAGGAAUCCUGAGCCUGACCACAUUCACCGUCUUAGAGAAAAUUCUUGCUUAGGUUUUUGUAACAUAGAUGAAUGUUCAAGAAACCAUAUCGAAAGAAAAAGCAAGUAUGCUAUAGUUAACCAAGCAAAAUACUCUAUUUCAUUAUACUCUUCCAAUAGAUCGUUGAUGUAUAAUAGAAAAAGAGUUGGAGAGAAAGUGGAUUCCUAUAGAACACCAGCGUUGAUUGCAACGGUAUUCGAAAGAGAACCAUCGCUGGCCACUUCUAAGGAACGGUAUUUGAGAAAGAUGGAAAGUCAAGAACGAAGACGAACUGACAAGUCUCAACAUCGAAAUUCAAUUAGUAAACUCUCACGUCAGACAUAGGUGAUUUUCAAGAAGAAAAAACCCACUUUUUCUAAUACACUUUGAAGAGGCUACAGAACACUUACUGAAAUUCACUGGCAAAUUUCUCAUGUAGGAUGACAUCUACUUCAUCAGAACUACAAGUUUUUUUGAUAUUAAACUGUGUCAGAAUUCGUCUGACAAUACGUUAUGGAGGAAUUGAAGAGGAAAAACAAGGGAUGGUAUCUGUAGAAUGGAAUGCAAAUCAUUCAGUAAGUGAAUUUGCUUUUUGUAUCGCUGUUGUUUCUUUGUAUCAGUGGUGGAUUGGUGAAAUUCAGGCCAAUGUAUUUCACUGACCGAUAUAAUCUCGAAGCGAUGGGGCUGCCAAGAAGUUUGUUCUUGAUUCUUUAGUUCAAGCCAUUUGUAUUCAUUGAUUCUGAUUGUUUCCAAACGAAUGAUGUUUGGGAACAUCAGCUGUAACCUGUAACAGCUAUUUUUGUGUAAUAAAUAGAACCACUAGAAUGGUGACGAAUUCCCCCUCAAAGACGUGUCAUAAGAUUUCCUCUGAUUCUGUAUCGAAUAUUUUAGUUGAUUCAGAACGGAUAUAUGGAGUUAAUGAUCAGUGUCUAGCAUAUCCAUCGGCUUUUUCAUUGUCUCUGUUAUUGGAAUGUCCUGACACCCAGUAUGGAGUUAAUAUAUUUCCAUACGCUCCUCAUAGUUUUCCACAGCGUACCCAAGCAACUUUUGGUUUCAUCAGUGCCAGAAGUGCAAGUCUGGCUCUCUGUUAGAAUACUUAUCUACUCAUUUCGUUGAAGCCUUGAAAUAAUUUUCUUUCACCAUGAAUAACGAAGACUCACGAUAUCAUUAUUAUUUCGAUUUCAUGUUGAGUGCAAUUAUAAUUUCCCUCUAUGCCAUCGUGAGGUUUAAAAUGAAUGUUAAUAUAACUAUUGGUAGAAAGAAUCUAACAAAUACCAAUGUCUUGGAUUCAUCGGAUCACUUUGUAAAAGAUAUAUAGAUAGUUGAGUUCAUCUUUCGUGGUUUCUAUUAGUCAGGGUAAGUUCCUUGAGGAAGGUAUACACAUUGUCGCAAUAUAUGGGAUUUAUUAUGAAAUGAUACUCUAGCGUUGAAUUAACGGUGGAAGGGUCGGUAUCUGAAAAAGCUUUUAAUCUGAAUGAAAUCAUGUAGGCCAUGUCGUCUGAUUUGCUUCAAAUUGAGUAAUUUACAACAGUGUAGAGGCAUUCUAGGACUCUGUUUUAUCUUUCAUUUUCAGGUUUUGAGGUUUGAUCAUUCCCAUAGAUAGCGACUUUGUGGUCAUCAACAAAUGUCUCAUUGUGUUUGCAUGUCAAACAAACGUCAGUGGCUGAUCUACUCCCACUGAUUUUUUUCCCAUUCUGAUGAUGAAAAGAGAUGAAAACUAUUUUUUACAAUCGAACUGGUAGUAACUUUUUUAACUGAUGCGGAAAUUUUUUUUGUCUCUGUAGAUCGAAUUGAAAAAGAGAUGAAAGAUCAACGGACACUCUUGAAGUUUUCUUCAGAACAGUAUUUGACUUGUUCGAAACCUUUUUUGUGAAUUAAAAAAACUACAUAUUUGUUUGGAUUACAGUGUAUUUUUCUGAUAUGUAUUAUGCUGUUUGUUUUUUCGAUAUAAAAUUUAUGAUUUUAUUUAAUGAACAUAUUUUAGAAUACAUCAUUCUAUAUAUGUAUAUGGAGAUAUCUGUCUGAAUCCUCCAAAAUAAUUUUUACCAAAUAUUAAUUAAUAAUAUAUUAUAUAUUGUUGAGAGAA